AUGGAUGCCGGUAAAGACAACAAGAUAUCGCCGACUACCGACCCAACUGGGUCGGUCCGGGAAGGAUCUUUUGACGGGCAUGACACCAAGAGCCACGAAUAUAACGACGACGUGGUCCAAGUCAUCGACAAAGCCGCCGAGAGGCGCCUUUGCAGGAAGCUAGACUUUCGUAUUCUGCCCGUCUUGGCUGUAAUGUACCUUUUCAACGCGCUCGACAAGGGGAACCUGGGAAACGCAGAGACCGACGGCCUGAGCACGGAUCUGAACUUCAAGGACGGCCAGUACAACCUCAUCGUCAGCAUCUUCUUCGUGCCCUUUGUGGCAGCGGCGCCCUUCGUCGCCCUCAUCGGCAAAAGGUUCGGCCCCGCGGUCGUGCUGCCCAUCCUCAUGUUCGGCUUCGGCUCCAUGACCAUGCUCAUGGCCGCCGCCCAAAACUUCAGCGGCGUCUUCGCGCUGCGGUGGUUCCUGGGCAUGGCGGAGUCGGCGUUCUUCCCGCUCGUCAUUUACUACCUGACCACGUUCUACCGCCGUGGCGAGCUGGCGCGCCGCCUGGCCGUCUUCUACGCGGCCUCCAACAUUGCCAACGCCUUCUCAGGCCUUUUGGCGUUUGCCGUGUUCCGCAUCACCAACACGAACCUGCACCCGUGGCGAUGGCUCUUCAUCAUCGAAGCGACUGCGACAAUUCUCUUCGCCCUCUUUGCUUUCUGGUAUCUCCCGCGCAGUGCUGCCGAAGCGACUUUCCUCACGGCGGAAGAGAAAGAGCUGGCUCACUAUCGUAUCCGAGUUGACAGCUCAUCUGUGGUGGGGGAGAAGAUGAAGAUUCGCGAGGCAGCCAAGGUGUUUAAGCAUCCGACAACGUACGGUUUCCUCGCCAUUGAGAUUUGCCUCGGGGUCCCUCUCCAAAGCGUCGGUCUCUUCAUGCCUCAGAUCGUUCAGCGACUGGGAUACAGCACCAUCAAGACAAACCUCCACACCGUGGCUCCCAACGUCAGCGGCGCCGCAAUGCUUCUCAUCCUGGCCUUCCUCUCCGACUGGCGCCGGCUCCGGUUCCCCUUCAUCGCCCUGGGCUUCAUGCUGAGCUUCAUCGGCUUCAUCAUUUACGCAGCCAUUGAUGACGUCGAAAAGGAGAUUGAGGUUGCGUACUACGCCUGUUUCAUGAUGACCUGGGGCACUUCGGCGCCGAGCGUGCUCUUGUCGACGUGGUACAACAACAACGUCGUGAACGAGAACCAGCGUGUUCUUCUCACUUCUAUUGGUGUUCCGCUUGCAAAUCUCAUGGGGCUCGUUAGUAGCAACAUCUUCCGCAAACCGGAUGCGCCGAAAUAUGCACCUGCUCUGAUCACGACGGCCUCGUUUGGCGUGGCUGGCGCUUCUUUUGCUCUUGCGUUGGGAUUCUAUAUGUUAUGGGAUAACAGAAAGAGAAAUCGCGCCCAAGGAGUGAGUUUGACUGCCAGCGAGGUGCCGACUUCUAAGCUGGGUGAUGGCCCUAAGAGCCCCGACUUUCGAUGGUUUCUAUGA